AUGAUGAACAUGUUCAACCCAGUCAGCGCUUUAAGCUCGUUGAAUGUGAAUCAACUGGCGAGUAAAAUAAGUGGUAUGUUUUAACAUAAAUAGGAAAAAUUUUUAUUAUAAUAUAUUGUACCAAAUUUGUAUUGUUUAUAAUUCAAUCUAGUAAAAUUACUUACAAUAACUUGUCUGAAAAAUUCAAAUACGGUUUUUAUAAUUAAUUUUCUUGUAACCUACAGUAAAACGUAAAAAUAGUAACGAAAGUACAGUAGAAAGGAGCCAAUGGUAGCAUUUGUCACUUCACACUUUUAGGUGUAAACAAACGUGUCUACUACUGUCAGCGUUGUCUUAAUCAUGGACGUUUGGAGCCGCGCAAGAACCACAAAUGCGAAUGUGCCUUUAUUAACUGUCAAUGUCCCAAAUGUAUACUGGUCGAAAAGAGACGAGUUCUUAACACACAACUUCAUGAACUAGAAGAUACAAAUGGAGAAACAGUUAAAAUUGAAGAUAUACCAAUGGAAGAAGAUGAUUUGCAAAGUGAAGCCAUGCGAUUAAAAGGAGGUAAUGUUACGGUUGCCAUAAGUAUUUGA